GUGCACAUCCGGUUGCAAAGCUGCAGGAAAUCGAGACCUUGUCAGUUGUCAACUUGUCACUACUUUCUAUAAAUUACGAUAUUUCUACAUUUUACUGAGGAAUUCACUCUUCUACUCACGACUUCUAGAAUCUAGCCUUUUUUUGCACGGUAAUUUAUUCUUUGCUGGUUUAUACUGUUUGAUAGAUUCCCAUUUUAAACUGUAAAUUCAGCAAUAAUCUACCGAGUCAAUUCCGCCCGAGUAGGAUUUUGCUGUAUUUGUCAUCCUGGGCAGUUUCCCGCGGGCCGCUGCAUCAUGUCUCAAUCGUCGUUUAUCAGUGCAGAACGUCGAGGCGCAGUUCCUCACAUCGCCAGUCGGAUGAAGGCUGUUCUGGCCAACGCAGAGCUGAGCGACAUUGAGUUUGCUGUGGGCCGCGAGCAUGGCGAAGCAAAGAUCUUCCCAGCCCACAAGUUCGCUCUGAGUAUCAGCAGCGAUGUGUUCUACACCAUGUUCCACGGGAGUUUAGCCAAGAACAAUCUGGAUAUCAUCCAAGUCCCGGAAAUCCUUCCCGAAGCCUUCGCCAACAUGCUCAGCUACAUCUACACUGAUUCGGUGGAGAAUCUGCAGCCCGAGAACGUUCUGCAGACUCUGUACUGCGCGGACAAGUAUGAUUUGCCCUGGUUGGCCGACCGCUGCACUAGCUUCAUCCUCGAGCAGAUGAAGCCUGAUACCUGCCUGAUGUUUCUGGAAAAUGCGCUUCGCUGGACGCCCGACUGUGACUGGAUUGUGGAGAAGUGCCUGGAUGUUGUGGACGAGUCGAGUAUGGCGGUGUUGCAGUCCAAACAGUUUUCCGAAAUCGGACAGAAGACGCUGGAGAUGAUCCUGCGACGGGAUACACUGUCGGCUGACGAGAAUGUUAUCUGCGGCGCCGUGGACAAAUGGGCGGUGGCUGCCUGCACUCGCCAAAAUAAGCCUCAUUCCGCUGCAAACCGCCGACAAGUGCUGGGCGACGCUCUCUUCCUCAUCCGAUUCCCACUGCUGACCGAUGAGCAAUUGACCAAGGGACAAAUAAAGUGCGCUACGCUGCUUCACGAAGAAAUAUACCGGAUUUACUUAUUCAAGCAUGGUGCUGCCAAAGAAGGCCUGCAGUUUCCCAUAAAGCCCCGGAAAUACGUGACCCAUGAGUUUCGCGUCGCUUCCAUGGACGACUCCAGUUCAUACAAGUAUCUGUCGUGCAAGCCGAGGGAAAAGAUUUUCAUUCUGUACACGAGCGGAUACUGGCAUCCGGCAGUAGUUUCCGGUGAGAGCAAGCUGGAUCCCAGUCCACCGUCUGGCUUGAAGAUGGAAAUACCAGUGGGAAAGUUCGCCUUGCCAAACCAGAUUGCUUGUGCUGUGGAUCUUCUGAAGCGUGGACAGCAGCUGUUUGCUUUCGUGGAGGGUGCCUUUAAAGAAGCGACAUAUGGUCAGCUGCGCGCUGGACGGCAUACAGUGAACGUCGCCGGCCGUGAAUACAAUGUGGACUUUAUGCAGCUCAAGUUCUCCGGCAAGCAGAUUGAACAGUGGAAGGCGGCCAAAAAGUAGUGGGGGACGUGCGUGGGAAUCGGAUUACUCGGUGGUAAAUUGCUUCAGUUUGUCGGAAAAAUCCGGAAUGAUGUUUUAGGUAGCACUUUCAUGGAUGGUAUACAUAUGAUGAAAUGAUUACGGAACUGAUUAUUGCUCUUGUCAUUGCUUUUAUUUUUUAUCCUUUGUGCUUUUAUUUUGCAUUCGCCUCUGUACUUUUUUAGUUUGUAUACCUACAUGCAUUCCAUUACUGCUUUGUUCUUUUGUAUAGUUAUCGAUGUAGUGUGUGUUGAUGUUACAAUUCACAGCAGAGAAUCAAAAUUUAGGUGUUAUUUUUUUGAAGUGACUAACGGGUACCAUAAGA